GGCACGAAGGAUGCCAUAGACCAAUUGGAUAAGAUCUUCUCAGUCCGUGGAGUACCUGACGAAGAAAAAUGGCCCCAGGUGAAGAGCCUGCCCCACUAUGUACCGAAUGCCUUUCCUCCAUACAGGGAAAUUCCUUUCAUGCAAGUAAAUAUUUCACUUGCAAAGUUACAAAAAACUGGAAUUGAUCUGCUUUGCAUGUUUUUGGAGCUCAAACCCGACGAUCGAAUCUCGGCAUGUUCUGCCAUGUUGCAUCCAUAUUUUGCCGGUCUACCUCGAAAUAUUCAUCUUUUACCUCAUACUGCUUCUAUAUUCACUUUGCCUGAACUCCGAGUAUGGAAACGAUGA